AUGCAUUUCACAUACAAUGGCGAGUUGGUCCACUCCGUAGACGUGGACGUAGGCGUAGACGGUGCAGGUUUAGGUGCAGGAUCUAGUGUAAACACAAUAUCAAGUACAAGGCCAGCUGUAGGAGCAAGUUUAGGGACAAGUGCCACUGUAGGAGCAAAGACAGAGACCUGCACGUAUCCGAUCACAUCGGUGAUUCUCUAUGGGACGGCCCAGUUUGUGGACGCUUGGAGAGGUGGAUAUGAAGGGUUUGAGUUGCUAGACUUGGAGUGUGCUGCCCGUUUGGUUCUACAGAGACAGGCGUAUCUAAUCUACCGGUGGUCCCUUACGAGACUUCUACUGCUGGACGAGAGCCUUGUAUGUGGUGUAGCCAGGUGCUUUGACGUCUCUCCAGACAAUUUCGUUCCACAAGAGGAGGAAGUUCAAUUCUAUCUAAAGGAACCCUGUUUCCUCUGGAGAUUCAGCCGGCACAACUAUGACACCGUUGUCUCUUCAAUAAGGGAGGGGAGGCUUCUCAUGUUGUCUGAUAAAGGCCACGAUUCCAGCCCACCUGUUGGUUACGAAUACGAUAUCGAGAAACACCUCCUUAUAGGUGCACUCGAGGAGAAGUUCAAGUGUCAGUUGAACCAAUGGGAGGUGCUCGAGUACCGCCAUUCCCUUGACUUUUACCUCCAUUCCAUGGACAAGGAAACGACUUACCAAGAGUUUGUCUCGGUGCUAUUGACGGGGGGAUGUGGACGGUAUACGAGCGAGUUGUACAGGCAACUCAAGAGGAAGGAAGCAACCUCAAGAGUAUCUCAUAAAGGACAACGAGGAAUAUUACAAAAGAUCUACAUGAGGAUCGCACCGGGGAGAACCAAAUCAAAGAUUUACAAUGUACCUGAAAGUACAACCAUGGGGAAGCAAGCCUCUGGUGGUGUCUAUCCGUUUCUUCAACGGGGUGCCGCCUCCAUUUCGGAAGAGCUUGUCACCUCUUUACCCGAGUUCGUACUUGAGAGGGGGAAAAUUCACCUGUGGGACAGUGAUUGGAUCAACGAGGCUCUCUUUGAUCAUGAGCACCCAUUUUCACUUUACAGGUUUGCCGUUGCUAUUGAUGAUGGGUAUUUGGCGACAAAAUACAAGCACAUCAACGCAAGGGGAGAGACUGUGAGAACAGGGUGGGGCAACGGGAAGCCGGUUGCUAUUGGAAGAAAACGGCUACUCGAAAUGUGGAUGCAAUGUGUCCCCACUAAGUAUACACACCAAAGAUACUGCCAUCGAUUGGAGACGUCCAAGUGGCACCAAAUUGAGGAGAGCUGCAUGAGACAGAUUGAACUUUUCAAGGAUUCGAAAGUGAAUUUGGUUACAGAUAUUACAGCAGCAAACCUAGACUCAUGUGUACAUUUGGAUCCAGAUGACAAAGAGGCAUACAUUAUCAGAAAUGCCGAGAUCUCUGGAUGUCUUUACCGCCCCACCGAGGGCCACCAUAAUCUACCUACACCAUUGCUACUGGGGGACAAAUCAUUGCCCUCUAGUGAUUACAAACGCAAAGUGGGUGUCAUGUCUGCUCCAAAUCCAUGCUUGCAAAUAGAGCGUGAACAAUUUUUGGAAAAUGGACUGACUUAUAAUCUCCAAAUGUUCAAUACAGAUGUAAUCAAUCCUUCAAAGGAUGUUUACAUUCCACCACGAGUGUGUAAUUUGGAGAAACUGGCAUUGAAUGCGAUAUCCAACCAAAAUGCCUUAAUUGGAGAGAGGUAUCAUGUCGAUUUGGGUCCAUACGUGGAGAAGAUAGAUUUUAGUUGUUUGUUUCUCAGAGAUGGGAAGACUAAGCCCUUCAGGAGAUCACAUAAUCUCUACAUUGACAAGGUUUCUGCAAGGUUUGAGAGAUUGUACCCAAGAUUAGUCGAGGUUCUCCAGGUGGCAGAUAACCUCAAGAGUUUCUUAUACUCUUCACAGGAUAUGGCCCAACAUGUUGUUGAAGAUUCCAUCAAGUUGUCCUGUUUUGUCAGCACUCAAGUGAUUCCUUUCCCGCACGUACAUUAUGUGAAUUCUAGCCAGACAAAAAUCAAUAUUGCAAAUUACCUCACGUUCUAUUUCACCAAACACAACCGAGAUGCCCUAGGAAGGGAUGCUCAAACAUAUUUCGACUCUAGGUUAAAGAUCCAGUUUAAAUCGUCCAAACAUUCCCGAUUCCUCUUUUCGUUUGCCCGUGAUAGAUACCUCUCGGAGUUGUACACUGCCGUGCAGGUACUCCAAAUGGAGGCCGGACAGAGAGAGCAUCUUCGCUGGCCAGUGCAUGAGUUUGAGUUCGACUCAGAGUACAUGGAUCUCAUCAAGUUAUUCUUCCCACAUAGACAUAAUGACAUAGCCACCAUAAUCGAGUGUGCCUCUAAGGAGAGACAUCCACGGCAAGUUCACUCUGCCUGCACCCCUCCUACUGUUCUCAAGGAGGUACUCUAA